GAAAACGUUGUUAGCUCUUGAAAAUAGCUAGGAUGCUUUGAUUUAACUCAGUCAUACUGUAUUAUGUAUCACCCAAUAUAACUAACCCCAAAAAGCUAAAACACCCAAGUUCUUGAUUAUGGAUUCAGCAUCAGUUGCCGGUAAAUCCGAUCCGAAUUGGGGAGACGAUCCAUUAGCAACAGAACCAGCUGUUCCAAGCUUAUCACCUGCUUCACUGGAUUGGUACGAUUCACAAAAGCGUCGAGACUGGAACACCUUCUUACAGUACCUAGGGAAACAGGAGCCCCCUAUAACUCUAGCCAGGUGCAAUGAAUACCACGUGCUCGACUUCUUGAGGUACUGGGACCAGUUCGAAAAAACCAAGGUCCAUCUCACUGGGUGCCCAUACUUCGGCAACCCGGAGCCACCAGGCCCAUGUACCUGCCCACUUAGGCAUGCGUGGGGUAGCCUUGAGGCGCUCAUCGGACGGCUCGGAUCGGCUUACAUGGAGCACGGUGGACCGCCAGAAUCGAACCCGUUUAGAGCCAGAGCUGUAAGGGAUUAUUUGAGGGAGGUCAGUGAACGCCAAGCCAAAGCCAGAGGGAUUUCUUAUAAAAAUAAAGAGGGAAAAUGCCCAACUACUGUAACGGACAAAACUGUCGUGGCGAGUAAAGGACAAGGAGGUAAUGCUACUGGUACUGGUACUGGUAGUGGUGGCAAUGGAAGUGGUAGUGCUGCUCAAUCAACAUUUACUACUACAUCGAUUGACGGAGUAUAG